UGUGUUUAAAUUUCAGGUAGGUCUAGGUAUAAGGUAUUGGUAAUUUUUUAGAUCUUUUACAAACAAUAUUCUUUCUACAUUAGUCCAGGGACAGUGCAAAAUAGAUUGAAAUUUCCUGAAGCAUUAGAAAACACGUCUACUACUACUGCUAGUCUCCUGAAAUGUCCGACAACCGCAUUUAUCGUACCCGGUCACUUGGCAUCCCUGCAGCAGGCCUCAAAGAUCAGUACUCUGAUGGAACUGCUGCCCACCUCUGGGAGCUCUACAUUGGGGACAAGAGCCAACGCACAGCUGUCUACAGAAAGUUCAUCACAGACCAGCUAAAGGCACGCAAUUGCAUUACAGUGCUGGAUGUUGCUUGCGGCACAGGGAUUGACUCAGUGAUGCUGCUGGAGGAAGGCUUCAGGCUGACGAGCGUCGACCUCUCCGAUAAGAUGCUAAAGUAUGCGCUCAAGACGCGCUGGAAACGCAGGAAGGAGCCUGCCUUUGAUGCCUGGGAAAUCGAGGAAGCCAACUGGAUGACGCUGAUGGAAGACAUAGACGGCAAGGAGCAGUUUGAUGCAGUCAUCUGCCUCGGCAACUCCUUUGCACAUCUGCCUAAUGAGGAAUGUGACUUUGCUAACCAGAGGUUGGCAUUGAGCAAUUUCUGCGCGAUGGUGAAGCCUGGGGGCGUGCUGCUCAUCGACCACAGGAACUACGAUGACAUCCUUGAUCGUGGCACUGCUCCCACUCGCAACAUCUACUACAACAGUGAGCAUGUUGAGUCGAUCAUCACAUCAGUGGUGGUGACGGAAGGAACGCCCGUGCUGGUGACGCUAGACUACGUCAUAAAACUCGACGGUGACAAAGAUCUCAGAGACGACACCGACUCUGAGCGGGCCAAGCGUGGCAGACUUCAGAAAGUCACGCAAAACAAGUUCCGCCUCUCGUACUUCCCUCACCGUCUGGACUCCUUUACUUCGCUGCUGAGGGAGACGUUCGGGCCCGAGGCUCAACACAGCGUCUACGGGGACUUCCAGCCUCUGGGGCACAUUGCCCGCCCUGCCUUCUAUAUCCAUCUCAUAGAGAAACCUGCUCGCUAAGAUAUUGUUAAUUGUUUCAGUUAUGCCUUUAAAAAUGACAUUAGAUGUGGAGCAGGAUUUUCACAGCCUUAUUAUACGAGCGUAUGAUCGUGUUCAGAUUCAUCAAUAAUAUUUUAAAUACUCUAUUCGCCUAAUAUUGUCAAGAUAAUACGGUAUUGGAAUACAGUAAAUAAAUCAUACACGAGCGAUUCAUGAAGCUGAUUAACGACUGUGUGCAAAAAUAUUAUUUUGAAAUUCCUUCUAUCUGAUUACCGCUCGUAUUUUUAUCAUCUCCUAAUUUCUUACAGAACUACAUGACUUUUAAUAUGCUUGGCUAAUUAUUUUAGUAAUUAUUAUAGAGGUGUUGAAGAGCUGUACACAAAGUACCUACUUACUUGGCUUGAUGUCUUCUUCGCCAUAACCACCAAAUAUUUGCGUACGUCUUUUCCUUGACGAAUCUUUUUUUUAGGAAUAAGUGUUUUUUGGUUUAUGCAUUUGGCGAAGUUAUAUUAUUACUGGAUUUGUUUGUGAAAGAUUUAUAUUGUUGGCUCUAUUUUUUUGGCUUUGUUUUUGAAGUUCAGUCGUUAUCAUUGCUAUUAAGUUUUAUUCAUGGUAUUUCUACAAUCUUGUGCACCUGUUUUGUUGUUAUAGAGUAGCAGUGGUUUGUUGUGGUUUUUGUUUCAGGUGCGUUUGUUGCGCUUGUUUUAGUUAUUUGUUUGUUGCGCUAGUUUUAGUGAUUUGUUUGUUGCGCUAGUUUUGGUGAGGUGUUAUUGUGCUUGAAGCACCUUUUCAGUUUGUUAACUAUUUUUUAAGUGUCUGUGUUUUCUAUUCCAUUUCUCGCACUUAUUUAUUUGCUAAAUUCAUAUUUUCUAUGAACACCGUCGUUAAGGUCGCAAGUUUUUCUGACAUUUUCAACUGGCUUUAGUGUUAUGAUACUGAUACGUACUUACCUACGUAGUCUUUUUAUAUGACUUACUAAUUUCGCAAUCCUUAUGAAAUUUCAUAUUGGAUAAAAUGUAGAACAUAUACUUGCCAAAAAGUAAUAAUCUUUUCGCUGAAAAAUAAUUCGCAACACGUAACACCAAUAUAUACCAACCAACAGUAUUCCGCUAACAUUCCAACAAUCAAUCGCAAUUAAAUUUAGAAGAAAUCGAAGUUGAUAGUUAGAAACUGGCUGUGAACAUAACUUCUCUGUUGAACUGGCUAGUCACGCCUUUUUUUAUUUAUUCAAUAAAUUGUAAAUUGAU